AUGACGACAGCCCAUCGUCCCACCUUUGAUCCAGCCCGAGGCAAAGACGCCGCUCGCGGCGAAGCAUAUCAUCAGCGCCUACUUCCUGCUCACAAAUCUCUCAAGUACCGGCAAGCAGCACAGGGCGCACCCGAUGAGCAAGCGCGGAGAGAUCUACGAGCUGAGCUGUUGCAAAGCGAGGCGAAGCACUACGCGCAGAAGGAAGGUCGAACACUGCCCGAGGAUGAAGACGAUGAUGGCGUAUCGAAGGUUAUUAGCGAGAAGGAGCGACUACGGAUAGAAGAUGCGGACGACAGUGGUUUAGAUGGCGAUCCGGACGAAGACUACGAAGCCAAGAAACGGCGCGUAUUGGAAGCAACCCGUGAUAUUGACGCCGACUCUGCAUCGUCGGAAGACGAUAAGGAUGACGACGAGGAUGACUCAGAAGAUGAGGAGGACGAGUCAGCCGCACUUAUGGCUGAGCUCGCAAAGAUCAAGGCCGAACGGGCUGAAGCUGCUGCUAAGGCCGCCGCUGAACAGGCGAGAAAGGACGAGGAGCAGCGGGAGAAGGAUAUAGCUUUGGGUAAUCCGCUCCUUAAUGCGAGAACGGAGGAGUAUGGAGUGAAGCGGCGGUGGGACGAUGAUGUGGUCUUCAAGAACCAGGCGCGAGGCACUGAAGAGAGGGGGAAGGAAAAGCGGUUUGUGAACGAUCUGCUGCGGAGUGACUUCCAUCGGAGGUUUAUGGAUAAGUAUGUGCGGUGA